UUGUUCCUGUUUUUUUUCUCUUCACCAUUCAUCCAUUCAUGUUUUUGGCAACAUAAUUGAAAUAAAAUGAUUUUAAUUAUCGUAUUCGUGUUUCUUGUGCUCAUUAUACAUAGUUUUAUUGAAAUUCUUCAAUGGCUAAUUAAUCAAUAUCGUUUGUACUUAAUGAUCAGAAAAAUACCUGGUCCAAAAAUUAAUUCUCCAUUUUGGGGAAAUAUUAAUCUAUUGAAAAGAAUAAUUGACAAAAAACCAAUCGGUUUACAAUCAAAAGAAUUUAUUGAUUUAAUGAAUAGAUUAUGUGAACAAUAUGAUCCAAAUAAUAGUAUCGGUUUAAUUCGUCUUUGGUUCGGGCCAUUUGUACCUAUCAUAAUCAUAACGAAUGCCAAUAUUGCACAAAAACUUCUCAACAGUAAAGAUCAUCUUGAUAAGGCAACAUUUUAUUCAUUGUUUCGUUAUGCAAUAAAGGAUGGUGUUUUCACUAGUAAAACGGAAAAAUGGCUUCAUCAGAAACGUGAAAUACAAGGACAUUUAAAAUUUAAAGCUUUACAGCGUUAUAUUGCCAAUACGGAACGACAUCUAGCGACAUUGAAUGAACGUAUUGAUGCCGUUAUCGAUGAUGUAAAUAAAAAUGGUCAAAUUGAUGAUAUUAAACCAAUUCUUUCCACAUUUGUUUUGGAUGUUCUUGGUGAAAAUAUAUUCAGUACAAAAUUUCAUUCACAAUCAACUGGUGUUGAACCGAAAUUUGUUCGUUCAGUAAACCGGAUGUUGGAAUUGAGCUACAUUCCAUUUUUAAAGCCAUGGUCAUAUUAUUUUAAUAAAAGCAUUCUUGUAUAUCUAUGUAAUAUUGGUAUCUUUCUUAAAACUCUAAGCCAUGUUAAUAAUUUUCAACAUUCAGUUCGAAAGAUAAUAUUGAAUCGUUUUGAAAUGAGAAAAUAUGAACGAAAAUCACGAAAACAAUCAUCAUUACUGGAUACGAUGAUUGAAUCGCGAAUUUCGCCUACCAAUCCUGAUCGCAUUUUGAAACUAAAUCAAAUUGAAACACAAAUCAAUACAUUUGUCGUAGCGGGACAUGACACUACGACCAGUGCGAUAUCAUGGACCCUUUAUCUGUUGGGUCAUCAUCCUGAACAACAGCAACAAUUAAUCAAUGAAAUCGAUGAAUUUCUUGCCAAUUUGAAUUUGAAUGGAGAAUCGAUUACAUUGCUGAGCAUGAGAAAAUUGAAAUAUCUCGAAAGCGUUAUCCUUGAAUCACUUCGUUUAUAUCCAUCCGGCCCAUUCAUUGCAAGACGAUCACGAUCCGAACUCAAAUUGAAUGAACAAAUUAUUCUCCCUGAAAAUAUUAAUUACAUUAUAUUCAUUCAACAUAUGCACAUGAAUCCAGAAUAUUUUCAUGAACCGAAAAAAUUUUAUCCAGAAAGGUUUCUACGUUGUCGUAAAGAAACAGAAUUCGAAUGGGUAAAUCAUCAGGCUUAUCUACCGUUCAGUGGUGGCCAUCGCAUGUGUCUUGGUAAAGAAUAUGGUUUAAUGCAACAAAGAAUGUUUCUCAUCAAUAUAUUUCGACGAUAUCGUGUAAAAUCAUUAGAUAAAUUUGGUGAUUGUCAACCUCGUUUCAAUUUUCUAUUAUCAUCCGCACAUUUUCCUAUACGUUUUGAAAGGCGACAGCCACAAUCAACACCGGCAACACCAUCAUUUGUGACCACCAAAACGAAAUAUAGUUUUCUCUAAUAAAUUUAACGAAUUGAAUUGCCGAACUCAUCGAUGAUUAUGUUCAAUUUUUUCGUUUAUUUUUGGUGAUUUUUGAAUUUUUAUUUAACAAAUAUUA